AUCUCCACUCAUCUGAUGCAACAGCCUCCCCAGUUACUGCUGGUAGAAUACAAAGGCUGUUUACUUGGAUAUGAAAACUGGAGGGAACUGGCUAAGGCUCUGGCAGCCACAAACGUCCCGGGUGGGGACCCAAGCCUCCCGUUUUACUAUCGCCAGAAGGUGGGACAACAGAACCAUGAGCAUCAACGAGGCGGGAGGAAUAAGUCAAAUUAUGCAGCUGUAGACAACCCCGUCCCAUGGAUGCCAGAGUUCCAGGGCCAGGCCAAUCUGCACGUGUUCGAGGACUGGUGUGGCAGCUCCACCGAGCAGCUCAGGAAGAACCUCCACUUCCCCCUCUACCCCCACACACGAACUACACUGAAGAAACUGGCAGUGUCCCCAAAAUGGACCAACUACGGUCUCCGGAUAUUUGGCUACCUGCAUCCUUUCACUGAUGGGGAGUUUCAGUUUGCCAUUGCUGCGGAUGACAAUGCUGAGUUCUGGUUGAGUCCAGAUGAAAAGACCUCUGGCCUCCAGCUGCUGGCCAGCGUAGGCAAGACAGGGAAGGAGUGGACAGCACCAGGGGAGUUUGGAAAAUUUCGGAGCCAGCAGUCAAAGGUGGUGAGGUUGUCAGCUGCAGGCAGGUACUACUUUGAGGUGCUGCACAAGCAGGAUGACAAAGGAACAGACCAUGUGGAAGUAGCAUGGAGACUGAAUGACCCAGAUGUGAAGUUCAAAGUCAUUGACUCCCAAUACCUCUCCCUUUUUGCUAACGAGACGCUGUUAAAGAUGGAUGAGGUCGGGCACAUCCCGCAGACGCUGGCCAGCCACACGAGCCGGCCUGCCGACAGCGCGGGCGGCAAGGCACACCCCGCCGACAUGUUGAAGCCUGACCCCCGGGACACUCUUUACAAAGUGCCACUGCUCAGCAAGUCUCGCCUGCGCCGAGCCCUGCCAGACUGCCCGUACAAGCCCAGCUACCUGGUGAAUGGGUUUCCUCUGCAGCGCUACCAGGGCCUCCAGUUUGUUCAUUUAUCCUUUGUUUACCCAAAUGAUUACAGCCGCCUGAGCCAUAUGGAGAAAGACAACAAAUGCUUCUAUCAGGAAAACCCAUAUUACUUGGAAAGAUUUGGAUUCUAUAAGUACAUGAAAAUGGACCGGCUACAGAAGAGCCUGGACUCUGGAGAAAAGACAGAGAAGCCAGGCUUCCACGAGGGGAACCUGGACGAUCUGCAGUACGGGGAGCAGGACAUGGAGAGCACUGGCCCCCCAGCACCCCCUGGCACGUGGCAGGCAGAGCUGGCAGGAACCACUCCCAGCAGUGUGGUGGGCAGCGACCAUGUCUACGAGGACUAUUCCCUCCAGGAGCGUCGGCGGCUCCUCUCAGUUGGUGGCACAGGAGAGGCACCUCAGAGGAGAGGGAUGAAAAGGUCCGGUGUCAAGACAACACCACUGGCCCCUGCCAACCAAAGCCUCAGCUGGGCUAGCGCAGAGAAGAACCCAGCAAUGAAGAGAUCCCACUUAAAAGCUGGCAUCAAAGACAACUCCAAGAGCCCUCCACAGCAUGCCAGGGUUGUCCAGGGCAGAGCACCUGCUAAAAAGCCUAACCCACCUUCUAGGAGCAGGUUGCAAAGGGAGCAGCUUCUCAGCAACACCAGGGACUCAGGGGUCAGGAUUCCCAAAGGGCUGAGACCUCAAGCAGACCUCAGUGCUGCAGAGGACAGGCUGCAGCCUGCAGGCACUGUGCAAGCUGAGAGAGGAGGCCCAGGCAAAGCUGGCAGGCACCCUGUGGCCACUGCUGGCCCCAGCAAGGAACCAGCACGGCUGGCACAAUGGCUGAACCAAGUAGAGGCCUACGUGGCUGAGCAGAAGGUGGCCGGUGGCAAGGACAUGGGUGAGAGAGAGGCACAGGUGGCAUCUCUGGCAAAGGGCAAGUCGGGGCCUGUGGAGAGGGCAGCAGAAGAGGAAGAGGAAGAGGUGAAUGGGGAGCCAGAGAAGGAGAAUGAGGAGAGUUUUGAUUAUGUACCAGUGUUUGACCAGGCGGUGAACUGGGAGCAGACCUUCAGCACAAGCAACCUGGACUUCCAUGUGCUGCGCACUGACUGGAUUGACUUGAAGUGCAACACGUCAGGAAACCUGCUGCUCAAAGAGCGGGAGGCCCUGGAAGUCACACGUGUCUUCCUCAAGAAGCUCAACCAAAGGAAUAAAGGGAGGUUCCAGCUGCAGAGGAUCGUGAAUGUGGAGAAGCGCCAGGACCGCAUGCGGGGUAGCCGCUACCUGCUGGAGCUGGAGCUGCUGGAGCAAGGAGAGCGUCUUGUCCGCUUCUCCGAGUACAUCUUUGCACGGGGCUGGCAGGGCGUUGGCGGUGACGAGCAGGAGGAGAGGAACAUGAGGAACCUGGCAUGGGGUCACCGGCGGCACCUGAUGGCCAUGGCAAAAGAGCCAGAGCUGUGCUGGCCCCAGGGAUUUUCCUGGAACCACCGUGCUGUGGUUCACUUCGUGGUGCCAGUGAAAAACCAGGCACGUUGGGUGCUGCAGUUCAUCUCUGACAUGGAAGAGCUGUUCCGAGUCACUAAGGAUCCUUACUUCAACGUCAUCAUCACGGACUACAGCAGCAAUGACAUGGAUGUAGAGAAGGCUCUGAAAAGGUCUAGCUUGCACAGCUAUAGGUACUUGAAGCUGACGGGGAAUUUCGAGCGUUCUGCUGGGCUGCAGGCAGGGAUAGACCUCGUGACGGAUCCGCACAGCAUCAUUUUCCUCUGCGACCUCCACAUCCACUUCCCAGCCAGCAUCAUCGAUUCGGUCCGGAAGCACUGCGUGGAAGGCAAGAUGGCCUUCGCACCCAUGGUCAUGAGGCUGCACUGCGGCACGUCCCCGCAGUGGCCUGACGGCUACUGGGAGGUGAAUGGGUUUGGUCUUCUGGGCAUAUACAAGUCUGACCUGGACAAGAUCGGAGGGAUGAACACAAAAGAGUUUCGGGAUCGCUGGGGAGGAGAAGACUGGGAACUCCUGGACAGGAUCUUGCAGGCUGGGCUGGAAGUGGAGCGCCUCUCCCUGAGAAACUUUUUCCACUGGUUCCACUCGAAGCGGGGCAUGUGGAACCGGCGUCUGCUGAAGACAUUGUAGCCUUCAACACCAAAGCUGCCUGGCAGCACCGUCCACCGUCUCGCCCUGGCGUGCACUUUAUCGAGGCACACAGCCAAGCGCACAAACUCUCCCUCUGCCCCCAGAGCCCUCCAGCAGGCCGGCGCAGCCGAAGAAGUGAUGGUCAGGCUAGAGGAGCUGCUUCUGGGAGCCACUGCAUCCAAACGUGGGAUCCACGUCUCGCUGGGAAGCCGCGUGGGGAAGCUGUCACCCAGUGAAGUAGUCAUGUUUUCUGCCGUGAGGUCUGGUGGAUGGCACAGCGGGAGAGGUGCCAUAUUUCCUGUCAAGUCUUGCGUGGUGCAAAGCAAACAAACAAAGAUCUCGGCUAAGCCCAGAAUGGUUUAUUUACAGGAAUGCAGCUUUUCUUUCAAUACUUGAAGAAAAAAAGGGAAAAAAUAAAAUAAAAUGGAAAAAAACCCUCUCCUUCCCUCUCAACCCCUGCCCCAUCUCUCUGGUAUCCAUACUUUUGGAUAGGGGACCAAAAUAUGUUCUCUGAACUGUAUUAUGUCCGCAUGCACGUGUGCUGACCCCAAAAAGACCUGGAUGAGGAGGAGUUGAUAGGCACUUCAAGCUGCUGGUGCUUAGCCAUUUCUCUGUGCUCUUCUUUUCAAUCAUUACAAGAAACUGUGCUCAUUCAGUAAAUUAUGGGCUGUGGACUGAGACCCAAGUGCAGUUCCCAUGAGAGCCACAUUUGCCUGCAGCUGAGCAAGGUGGCAGGGGUUGAUGUUUCAGCUCUCCCUGAAUUAUUGAUCCACUGCCUGAGGAUAGUGGAGGGGUUACACAGAGACGCUAGGAGGGCAUCUCAGGAGGAAUUUUGCAACCUUAUCUGACAGACGUUUGUUUGUCCUUACAAUAUCAGGGAAACCCUAGCAGGGAGAAGUGGCAAUAUUUUAUUAAUUGAGAUAUUGUGAUUUUGUUAGAA